AUGUCAGGAACUGUAACGGUAUUCGUCUCAUCACUAGAUACCCAUUCCGAGCGUCGGUUCGAUCUCCAUACGACCGUCAGCCAGCUCAAGGGAAAACUCGAGCUAGUCACUGGAAUUCCAGUAGAAAAUCAGAGGAUUGCGGUGUAUAACUCCGAGUCCGAUACCCAAGCCGCUGCUCUUCUGGACGAUGAUCAAAGACCACUAGGAUUUUAUGGAAUACACGAUUUCCAGUUGCUCAAAGUGGAAGAUACAAAUCCGUCUGUCACAUUCACAGGGCAACUGACCGACGUCUCUGCGGUAGAGAAAUUUGAGUUGAGUGAGGAGCAGUAUGCACAAAGACAGGAUUCUGUCUUGGCGUACAAGCAACGCCAUCAAGUUGGGCGAUUCGCGCCCAAAGACAAACCUCAACAACAAGCUUCCAUGCCGACCAAUGUAAACAUACCUAUUGGAUCGCGGUGUCAGGUUGAAUCCGCUGAAGAGGGCCUUUAUAAGCGUGGUACGGUGCGGUUUGUUGGACCCACCCAGUUCGGGAACAGUGUGGGAUUGUGGGUUGGCGUUGAGUACGACGAGCCUUUUGGUAAAAACGACGGAUCUGUUCAAGGCGAGCGGUACUUUACCUGCAGACAUAAUUACGGUGCAUUCGUCAGACCAGAAAAGGUCGAAAUUGGAGAUUUCCCAGAGUUGGAUAUUGACCUGGAGGAAGACGAGAUGUGA